UGUCUAAAUUAAAAGUCAAAAUCAAUCAAAAAUUGUAUACAUGUGACUAUAUUCUUAUUAAUUUUCUAUUUUAGCCUUUAUUUUUGAUGAGUAAUGGCAACCCAAGAUAACAUAGAAUUCAAAAAUGCCCAACACGAUAUUGCAAUGCAUUCCCAUGAUUUAGCAAAUCCAUACGAUCGAGUUAGAUGCUCGGAAUGGGUAAGAAAAUUAACGGGAAUACCCGACGACAACUUAGAAACUGCUAAAUUGCGCAAUGAAUAUAUUCAAUUCUUAAGAAUUCAAGUUCGAAAUAAAUUCCUUCAUGGACCGUUCACAAAACCACCCCCGGAAUCUGAUUUAUGUUCUUUAGCGGAACAUUUAGGGAACAUGUUAGCCAGCGAAGUUCCAUUCUUACAAAGAACCGGCCCGAUUAUGCCUAUGUUGUAUCACAAAGCUCCCGAUGGAAGAGCUUUCGUAUCUGCUCAACAAAUACCGAACGGUGGGGUUCUUUGUUAUAUGGCGGUUAGUCCAGAUGGAUUAGAUAUCAAAAAUUGAUUUAUAUAACACAUUUGUAAAAAAGGAUUUUAUUUAAAUUAAAUAUAUUAAAAAUCA